GCGAAGUUUACAAAGUCGGAGUUUUGGUGUCUCUGUAAUAAAGUGUGUCGAAAAUGUGUACUUCAAAUAGAAAACUAGACAAUUUGAGUGCUUUAAUAUUAGUUGGUGGCUACGGAACUCGUUUGCGGCCCUUGACUAUUACUAGGCCGAAACCACUGGUAGAAUUUGCCAACAAACCGAUGGUGUUGCAUCAGAUUGAAGCGUUAGCUGACGCCGGUGUUACUCAAGUUAUCCUGGCAGUUUCAUACAAAGCGCAGGAUAUUGAAGAUAAAUUGAAACAAGAAGCCUUAAAAUUGGGAAUAACUUUAACGUUUUCUCAUGAAACGGAGCCUCUGGGCACGGCAGGCCCUCUUGCUCUAGUCCGUAAUAUUCUUGAAGCAAAUAAUCAUCCUUUCUUCGUUCUUAAUGCUGACAUCAUUUGCGAUUUUCCAUUUAAGGAUAUGUUGGUCUUUCACCAGAAACAUGGUAAAGAAGGAUCCAUUGUUGUUACUAAAGUAAAUGAACCAUCAAAAUACGGUGUUGUGGUGUGCAGGGAAAACAACCUGAUUGAGAGAUUUGUGGAAAAGCCUCAAGAGUUUAUAUCGAAUAAAAUUAAUGCUGGAAUGUAUAUUUUCAAUCCUUCCAUCAUUAGUAGAUUACAACUUCGUGCAAUGUCUUUGGAGAAAGAAAUAUUUCCUUCGAUGACAGAAGAGGGACAUUUAUGUGCUAUGGAGUUGAAAGGAUUUUGGAUGGACGUAGGGCAGCCUAAAGAUUUUUUAACAGGAACUUGUCUCUAUCUCGCCUCUCUCCAGAAAAUCUCAAAGUUAUCAAGUGAAAGUAAAGUUGGCAUAAUCGGCAAUGUUCUAAUAGACCCAUCAGCUAAAAUUGGAAAAGAUUGUGUGAUCGGCCCCGAUGUUACCAUAGGCCGCAACGUGAUCAUUGAAGAUGGAGUGCGAAUAAAAAGGAGCGUGCUUCUUCAAAACGUAAUAGUACGUCAACACGCGUGGUUGGAGAACUGUAUCAUAGGCUGGGGCUCACAAAUAGGCCGCUGGGCACGAAUGGAGGAUGCAAUUUUUGGAGAAGACGUUGUCGUAAACGAUGAGCUCUACAUUAACGGUGGACAAAUACUACCUCAUAAAAUUAUAUCGCACUCAAUCAGCCAGCCUCAAAUAAUGAUGUAAAUUCACCUU